CAAGAAGGAAGAUAAGAAAGAGCGAGAGCCUCACCAAAGAUGACUGGAUCAGAAGUCCAUGACGAUGCGGAGAAGCACCGUGGACGGGAUACUGUGAAGAAUCCCAAGGCAAAGGGUGACAAGUCAAGCACUCGUGAUCCUAUGACGUCUCUAGAGAGGCGUGUCUCUAGAGUGGAGGUGAAGUUGGCGGAAGAUAUCACCGCCAUCGAGGAUUUGGGAGCUAACUUCGCCCAAGUCGAAAGCGAUUGUCAAGGUAUGAAUGCUCGUUUGUCGAGCUUGGAGAUUGGUCAUGAUGGCAUACGAGAAGAGCUUGUGGCCCUCAUCAACAACACCAUCAACACAUCCUUGAACAACGCCAUUGAAGUUGUCAAAGGGCAUGUCCAGGCUGAGCUGGUCGGCGUGAAGGAGGAGAUUGCAGACCUCAAGAGUGAGGUCACUCUCGUGAAGAGAGCCAUGGCUAACGGACCUGCCAUUGCACAACCUACCUCAACCAUGGAGGUUCCUAGACCAAAGAGCUUUCAAGGGUCGAGGAAUGCAAGGGAGUUAGAGAACUUCCUAUGGAGCUUGGAGCAAUACUUUGAAGCUUCGGGUAUUCGAGAUGAGAAUACUAAGGUAAAAACUGCAUCUCUUUACUUGAGUGAUGUUGCCAUGCUGUGGUGGAGAAGGACCCAAGGCGAUAUCAAUAAAGGGGCGUGCGUGAUGGAGUCAUGGGAUGACUUCAAGAGGGAGAUCAAGAGGCAAUUCUACCCAGAGAAUGUUGAGUUUGAAGCCCGGUCGAGACUAAGGAGGCUUGCUCACGAAGGAGAGAUUCGAGGGUAUGUGAAAGAGUUUUCUGAAUUGUUGCUCGAGAUCCCCGACUACACCGACAAGGAGGCCAUGUUCACCUUCCUUGACGGCCUCCAACCAUGGGCGAAGUUGGAGCUACAACGGCGAGGCGUGCAAAGUCUUGCCGAGGCAAUGGCGAUUGCCGAGUCCCUAGUCGAGUACCACGAGCCGGAGGAACGUGCGGAGUUCGGAGGCAAUGGAGGUGGACGCGACUAUGAUAGAGACACACGAAGGCGUGGUAGACCGGACCAAGGAGGUAGUCAUAAGGUUGAGAAACCACUUACUUGCUUUCUUUGUGAUGGUCCACACCGUGUGAGAGAUUGCCCAAGAAAGCACAAGUUGUCGGCAAUGAAGGCCGUACUGGCAGAGUGCUCGAGCUCGGAAGAGGAAGCAGAGGAGGCUCCAAGAGUGGAGCCCCAUGUCGCGAAGAUCGGUUGCAUGAAGAGAUUGAGCGCCAUCAAGCGGGCGGAAGAGCCUCUCCAACCCGAGCAGCACGGCCAAUGCUUCGUAGAGGCGAAGCUCAACCAAAGGAAAACAAAAGCUUUGGUUGAUACUGGGGCAAGUUGCAACCUUCUUGACGUAGGUGAAGCGCAGAGGCUAGGCAUCACGUACGAGAAGAAGCAAAGAGGGUGGAUGAAAGCUACCAACUCAAGGGCCACAAGAACUCAUGGAGUAGCGCGCCAGGUGCCACUCAAGCUUGGAGGAUGGACCGGGGUGGCAGACUUUGAGGUUGUGUCGUUGGAUGAUUAUCAGGUCAUCAUCGGCAUGGAAUUCAUGGUGCGGGAGAAAGCUUUCCCGAUUCCCUACGCCAAUAGAUUCUGCAUCAAUGGCGGAGCAAGAUCGGUUCCCAUGACAAGAGAGCAACUCGAGUCAAACAAGAGGUGUUUGGCAAGGCAAGAGCAGCGAGAAGUGGCAACGAUGGUGGAGGCAGCGGCUCACUCGAAGACUCGUUGGAGAAGGACGAGAAGGAGGAGUGCACAACAUCGUGGAGCCAUGAGAGACGAGGAUGUAUCAUCUUCGACUUGCCAAGAGAAGCAAGGAAAGGCCACCAUGAUCGAGAAGGCGGGACACUCAAAGACGCGACGGAGAAGACCGCGGAGGAGUGUGCAACAUCAUGGGAGCACAAGGCUCGAGAGGGAGCCAGGGCCAUCCUUGGUUUGGAGGAAGGUGCAACGAGACCUUGCAAGCAAUGAAGCUAAGGCAAGGAAGGCGUCUGCCAAAGAGCCACGACGAGGGCGUCGUGGAUUGAGUGAAGGAGAAUGUCACCAACGAGGCUCAAGAGUCGAAAGAGGCUGCUCGAGGUCGAAGGAGGCAUUUCGUAGCAAGGACGCGACGAGGGCGUCGCGAGCAUAGGUGGGGGAGGAUGUCACAUGUGGCAGAUGACAUGGCGCCAACAAGGUGACAACAUGGCGGCUGCACAUGUGGCAUGCAUGGAAGACUAGUAGCAUAGAGAUGCUCCUAGGAUUCUCCACCUUAAUGUUUCUCCCAUCUUCUUGUGUCUUGUUCUUGUGAGUUGAGUGAGUUUGAGAGCUUUUGAGAAGGCUGCCUAGUAUCUCUAACGGAAUUGAGAGCUAGGGCCGCACGACCAAGAGUAAGGCCGUGACAGUGUCCGCGGGUCUGAUACAAGUCGGGUAAUUUAUCACGAGGUACGGGUCGGGGCAGGUCGACCCAAUGAGUAUGUAAUUUAUAUGGAAAACAUUAGAAUGAUUCAAUAUUUUUAGUAUAAGACCAAGAAACAAACCAUAAUGUAUGAUAAAUGCUGUCAAAUUAUUGGAGAAAUUGAGGUUUUCACUAAUUUACAACUUUAUUUGAGCUAAAAUAUGAUGUAUUAAAAGGAAAAUUCUAAGUAAUUUGACUAAGAUUACACGUAAUUUAGGCAAAAAAUGGGUCGAGAAUGGGGCGGCUCAGGACAUGUCGGGUCGAUGAGAGCAUCUAUGCCCGCCCCACCCCAAAACAGACCAAAUAUGUCGAGUAAAACUAGUCAGGUCGAAAAUGUCAAUCCCUAUUUAUAGGUGGCUUGGGAUGCUGGUCAUCGUCGAGUUUGCCAUUCAGCUACUUCACCGCACUGCUUCUGGUAAUCAUCAUUACACGGUCAUCGUUUACACAUUCUGGGAGCUCAUGUCUCGGCUCUGGGCUAUUACUAUUUCUACCGCGAGGGUAAUAGUUUUGCAGAUUAUUUGACUAGUCGGGGGUUCUCCUUCUCGUUUGGGUUUCAUUUUAUUACGAGUACUAACCUUAUGCUAUUUCACUGGAUAUUGUAUGACUAUCACUCUGUCAGGAGGUCUCAGUACUCCGUUGAUUUUGAAUGAAAGAUAGGAUGACUUGCAACCAUUAUAAAAAAAUUAAUUACGGCCGAAUCAAUUAAUUCAACAUUUAGGUGCUUGUGUUUGAAAGAUGGUUGAUCCGAUCCCAACAUUUUGUGUAAUGGGAAUGAAUAUACAAGAAUUAAUGUUAGGCCAACAUUUUGUGUAAUGGGAAUGAAUAUACAAGAAUUAAUGUUAGGCCUAAGUACACCGUCACCCCGAUUGGGUCCAAUGUUGCCACAUAGGAAGUCCAUGAAUCAUUUUUUUAAUAUUAGUUUGGGUUAAGCGAUGUGUUUUCAUUUCAUAACCACCUGGGCUUCAUUUUGUUCGAAAAUCAGUUUAUGCCUAAGAAGCCCAGUUUGUCAUUUGAUGAGCUUAAAUAAUCGUCACGUUAAGACCUAGCUAUUAUUAGCCACCAUCUUUUUAGUGACGAUAGAGUAAUUUGUAAUUUUGACUUUUGAGUGAGUUCCAGAAGUGAUAAUAAUUUUGACUUUUGAGUGAUCACGAGGAUGAUAUUCAAGUGAUAAUAAUUCACUUUCUUGAGAGACAUGAUAUUUACUGGUGGUGGGUUAACGUUCUGAUUUCAAACUUUGAAUAAAAUGUUACGUACGUUGUGGUAUCAUCAGAAAUUUAGUUGAAAAUUUUGAGUUUUAUAAUUUUUUGGAGAAGCACUAUAUUUUUUAAUUUGAAGUAAGAAGGGUUUUAUUGUUUAGAUUGAAUUCGCAUCUCCUUCACUAAGAAAAAGGUGCUUUUCGC